AUGACGUUGAGCCCAAUUUUUGAGAAUAUGAAGAAGAAACUCCAAUCAAUCAGCGAUGAUCGAAACAAUUUGGCUCGCGUUCAUCCAAAAGUUCUUUCCAUUCACACCCUUUUUAACAAGACGAUCAAAAGCCCGAGAUUCAGAAAGUGCUUCAAACGUUGGGUCAAGAAAAUGAUUGAAAACAUAGAUGAUAAGAUAGCAGUUGCCCCAGAUACAAGACCAACAGAAGAACUAGAUAAAGAUGACUCAGAAAGCGAUGAGACUGAUUAUGAUGACGAACUCAGCGACGGUGAAUAG